GGUGGGGGUGUCCGGCCGUGCCCGGCCGCCCAGCACCUCCGCCGGCCAGGCCGCUCCGCUUCUCCGCCGCCUUCAAACUUAGUUCGCAACUUCUCGGCUGAGGCAGAGCCAGCGUUGUCCCGCUGGCCCGAAGGACGAGCCGGUCCCCGCCCCGCGUUAGGGAGAGGUCUGCUUGCUGGGGAAGUGAUCACUCUCCUGUUUUAAUGUGAUCUUGGUGUCUGAGGUCUUGCUUUCACUAUGAGAAGAGAUUCAGCUUGUUUGGAUUGGUUGCAGCAGAGAAUGCAGAUUAUGAUUCUUUUUCCUUCUGGGCUGUUUUCUGUUCUGCUGGAUGUUUAAUUGCAAUUAUGGCAACGAGAAUAGAAAUAAAUUCCACUCUGGCAUCUUUGACGGCGGUACCUGACUUAAAUGAAAUCAGAAACGAGGAUAAAUCACAGCGGGUCUAUGUAAGUGUGCUUUCAGAUGCAAGUAUCAAGACAAAGGAGGCUUCAGCAUCGCUGGCUCUUGAAGAGAAGAGCAUGUUUGGGAGUACUUUGAGAUCUGCAACAAUGCCAUCGCUGGGUUCAAGGCCGAGACUCUUCCCAAAGCCUUUUUCUAAAGAGAAGUCUUCAGAUACUUUUGCAAAUGUCAAACCCCCUGUUCCAGCUUUCAGAUCAAGUAGCCUUAUCAGAAAGGCCACUGAAGAAACGUCACCUGUUAAGGUAUUAAGUGGAAAUGUUCCUCCAUUAGUAGAUCAGAAAGUAAUUGAAAAUAAAGCUGGCCAUGAAGUAGUCACAAACGUGACUUUCUGUGCUGGUCCCAGUGCAAAUACUGUCAUUCUUUUUGAGGCAACAGGCACAGAGCAAUCAAAGGUAAGCCUGGCCCAGGAAAAAAGGGCUGCUGAUGACCGCAGAGUAUUUAGUACCGUGCAAACAAAAGAGCUUCAGUGCAAUGCAAAGCUGGAGAAACCAUCUCAGCAGCCUGAGACACCCAGAAGCCCUGAAGGGUCUCUCCGGAGACAGAUGUCGCUUUCCUCCAGCCUUAGACCGGUCUCUUGGAACUCCCUCAAAACUGGUGAAAAAAAACAUGCCCAUGAAGAUCAUCCAGGGGAGAAAAACAGUGAUGAUGCAAAUAACAUCAACAGUAAAGUCGAUUUCUCGAUUGAUGUGCAGCAAAGGCCAAAACACAGACCAGUAUCUGCAAUUUUUCUGGAGUCGUUACGAGAUCAAAAGGAUCACAGCCUGGAAACCUCUGAGGAGAAGUCUCCUACAGAGAAGUCCUCGGCCAGAAAACCAAGGCCUUUGUCCAUGGACCUGACAGCAAAGUUUGAACAUAAAGAUCUUUCCUCUUGCAAGACUUACUCAUCUCAAGAAAGCAAGGAGAAUGUGUCGAUCGUGUCUUUUGCUGAUGGGAGCUGUCACAGUCGGCUCGAAACGGGGCCAAAAACUCUAGAACCGGAAUGUAAUAAAGGCAGUUCCUCCAAAACCACUGUGAGGUGCAGUGGUCAGGACAUUGGCAUCCUAAAUAAUGGGAAAUACCUGUGGGAAACAAAGCUUAAAUCUAAAACUGAACAAACUGAGACAAAACCAGAAAUAGUGACUAACUUGCAUGCUUCUGAGAGAAGCCAUGAAACCAUUAGUGAAAGCAGAACUGAUAAAGGGGCAAGAAGACCGGAUCAGAAGGAAACUUUGGUGUUUCCAGGCUGUGAAAGCCCCACAGCUUCUUCAGAAACAGAGAAUAACAUCGUGAGAGGUAGUGUUAAAAAACACAUUAGUUUGUUUACUUCCGAACAUCCCGGUCCCUCGGUGGAUACAGAGCUGCUCCUGUCACCUGCUGAGAGGGAAAGCAGAUGUGUGAGCAUCCAACAGAGAAUCAAAGAACUGACAACAGAACCUGCUGACCUUAAGCCAGGAAACCCACGCAGGUCGCUUCAGUCACGGCCCCUGUCAGCGGACUUGACAAAGAUGUUUUCAAGUCCAACAUCGAGCAGCGCAGCAAAGGCCGAGAAACCGGCUGAAACUAGAAACGACUCUGUCACUGAAAUGCAAGAGAACAGGAGCAAGGAGGUGAAGCUUGCCCAUGGCACAGACUUCACUGAGGCACGUGCUGCUGGGAGCCCGUGGAAACCCCGGCAGAUCUUAAAAAUAACCAAUAAACCUGAUCAGACAGAGAGGAAAGGAAACUUCCUUGGAGAUGGCCAGCACUUCUCUCAAAGUGAAAGCUCUGUCUCAUACACAAGCAACCUGGAGAAACCCCUAAAAUCAAGCACACUUCCAGAAAAGGUCUGUGUUAAAACUGUCCGAGCCACCAUGUUUGACCACAACGUUCAGAGGCACAACAUCGCUGCUGAUCAGCCUGGAACUGAUUCUGCCCUGAAAAUGAAUCAUGAGCUUGAGGUAAAGCAUGAUGUGGUGACCCUGGGGCACAGCAGGCGAUCGUGGAUGGGAGAAGUGGAGGAAGCCACUGGUAUGAAGGAGUAUCACAAGCAACCUGAUUCAUCAAAGCACACAGCAGACGUGGAAAAAGGUGGAAAACCAGCUUGUUCAGGUGAAGACAAGAAAAUGACUUUGGGAAUUCUGCUGGGAAAACCUGUGGGUGAGAAAAGUGAAAAACUCCCUCGUAAAAGUGUGGAGGACUCUCUAAGUUACCAAAGAAUAGAGCCAAGGUAUGAAAUCUUUCAGACGUGUGGCGAGAGAGCUCUUAGUGAAGCCAUUACAAUGGCUCCUGAAAAAAAGGCCAUGACACUCAGAACUAGGAAGUCAUCUGUGAAAGAGAAUAAAACACAGGAGGAUGUUUCACACGCUGGCCAGUCACCUAGGGCAGUUAGUAAAACUCUGUACUUGAAAGCAGAUAACGUUAUUUCAGAAGCUAGAGACACAAAAGUUUUCACAAGCAAGUCAGAGCUGAGAGAACCUAAUGGGGUUUUCUCCAGUGAAUGCACUUUGCCUGAACAGAGAAAAGACUCUGAUAAAACUGAAACUGAUCCCAUGUUAACACCUUAUUCUACAAACAAAAGUCAUUGUUUGAGAAUGAAUGAACAGCUAAACAAACUACAGUCUGAAAUAAGAAGUGAAGUCUCUUCUGUGGGUAAACCAGAGAUGUCUGAUGUGCUGAAAUGCACUUCUGAGAGGAGGAGUUUUAGACCAGGUGGAACAGAGAGCUAUGAAUUCAGAACCCACUUUGAUCCUGAAGUUAUGUCAAAAAGUUUAAGCAAACAUGAGCCCCAGCCCUCUUCAGUGCUUUCAAGUGGACAGUUCUGUAAAUCUUCCAGUAGCCACCACCUUGGUACAAAAGUACUAACUGUGAAUAAAGAGGAAUCCAGGGCCUUUGGUUUGAGAAGUCCAGACUUCAAUUGCAAAGAGCAAGGCUUUGACUUACAUAGUACAGCUCAUGAAAACAGUGAAAAAAUCAGAGCUGUAGAUACAGAAGAAAAAGUCAGGAGAAGCAGAAGUAGCGUUUCUGACCUGAGGAUUUCUGAAAGGUGGAGAAGGAGAACCUUGCCUCAGGAUUCUGUCAAGACAGAAAAUGUUGUCUGGCUCGCUCCUGAAAACAUCAGGCGGCUGAGUCAGAUGGAUUCAUUGCAACUGGAUGAGGGCUCAGUGAAAAAGAGAAGCACAAAAAGCAAAGAAGGGCUAGAAGGGAAUGAGACAAACCAAACUGCUCCUGGCAGUCCUGAUGAUUGCUUGAAAAAUCAGAGUUCUGCCUUUGAGCCAAAGGCAACUUAUUUUGCAGUGACUUAUCAGGUUCCUGGUAACAAAAGAGAGAAAAGCUUUGUUGGUACUACUGGUGCGAAUGAAGCUAACACAAUUUCCAGCUCCAGGGAGGGAACAACAAUUAAUCUGGACCCUGUUUUUCCUGGAAGGUCCAAACCUUUAUUGCAGCAACCAAAUAAAAAUGUGAUGAGUACAAAUUGUAAAGAAGACUCCCAGGAAGUGCCUGUUCACCAGAACUGGGGCAGAGGAGAUGACAAAGGUGAUAGUUUGUCCAAAAACAUUGCAUUUAGUAAUUUUCAUGGAUCUAGGAAGGGUAACCAGCAGUGUCAUGAAAGAGGUCUGGAUGACAAAGAGAAAAUGAGAGAUGCUGAUGCUUUCCUGUUAAACCAAGAUCUGGAAAAUACAGUGCAAACUGAUCUCAAAAGUAGCAGAAGGAAAGUCUCCUCUUUCCAUGAACCCAGAUCCCCCCUGUGUUUUGCACAGUUCCAUAGAGACAGUGAACCAGGCCCCCAGAACAGGAGUGGAAAUAGCUGUGGUUUCUCUGGGAAGAAGUCUGAGGAUGGCUACAGAUCCCAGAUUCUUGAUAUUGAUGCACUUAUGGCAGAAUAUAAGGAAGAGGCAGCAAAGGCCAGUAAUACUCAAGACAAGGUCUCUGAAGAUCACAGUUCAUUUAGUAGGGAGAAACCAAAGACCAAAAGCAGUGUAGCAGAUAGGAUGAGCUCUUCCUAUAGCUGGAAAGAGUGGAAGGGAUCAGAUCACUAUUCUGUUAACAGCAAACAAGGUGACUGUACAGAAGACUACUACAAACCAGAGCAGUUAGUCCUUAAUGAAAAGAGCAAAGAGAAGCCGGAAUCAUGUAGCCCUGAAUUUGAGAAACAAAAGUCCAAAGACAGAAAGUUCAUCCCUCCUUACUGGGGAAAUCCCAGCAGCUCUUCAGAGAAAUGUGUAAAUUCACCACUGGAGCUCUCUAGGAAGAAAACUUUCAUUGUUGAUGAGGAUGAAGAAGUGAAUUUAACUUCCAGGAAUCAAAGUUCACAGUUCAUAAUUGAUAAGGUACAGCCUAUAAAUGCAGGUGGUACAGACCAAAGAUGGGAAGUCAGUUUUGCUUCCAAGAUGUCCAUAAAGUCAGACGAUGGUUUCUUACAGAAGAAGUUGGUCACAAAAGAACAGUUCUUUGAGGUGUCCCCGGAAGGUGACUGGAGCAAAACUGUGGCAAGGAGCUCUGUAACGAGGACCAAAGACAAUGCAAGUAGGAUGAGCUGUGAGAAUGACUCUGCCCAUGUAAAAAGUAAAACUGAUUGGAAGAACUAUACAUCUGGCUUGGGAAGUGCCCCCCCUGAUCUGAGACGAUCCUACUCAGAAAAGAGCCGCCAAGGGAAAGACAAUCUGCAGCUUAUGCAGGAAGUGAGGGGAAGGAAGGACCCGUCCCGAGCCCGGCAGAGCUUCCCCUUGGAGCGUGUGGAUAGCGAGUGGAAACACAGGACGUCAUCUCGCUCAGAGUCGUUCUUCCAUGAUGAUAAAAAGGCUUCUAGGAAGGAGUGGACCAAGCCGAGCUCAGACAAACCAGACCGAACAGACUCUUCAUUGGUUUCUACUCUGAGAAGCUGCCACAGUUUUUAUAAGGACAGAAGGGCAGAUAUGGACCAGCUGAAGCAAUGCUUCACCAGGCAGCCCCCAGGAGCCAAGGACACGGACACGCUUGUGCAGGAGCCCGACAGCCAGUACGGCACCUGGAACGAGCAGCGGCACAGCGGGGACAGCUUUGUUCCUGAAUCUCCUUCCUCGGAAAACAAUGUCAUUUCAACAAGAAAGCAACCUCCAGGCAGCCACCCAUCUUCACUGUCCUCUCAGACAGAACCUGCGUCCCUGGUUGAUCACCAUGACUUCUCAAAAGACCAAAGGAGCACAAGUUUGGACCGUUCCAGCACUGACAUGGACUCUACUGAUGGGACUGAUUUGCCUCCUCUGGGAGACACCUGCCCUGAUGAGAAGACCACCGAUUUCUCUUUCAUUGAUCAAACCACUAUUCUGGACUCCAGUGCCCUGAAGACCCGUGUGCAGCUCAGCAAGAAGAGGCGCCGGCGGGCUCCUGUUUCCCACUCUGUCAGAAGGAGCAGAGGGCUGGAGUUUGAAAACAGGUUUUCUUUGACAGAAGAACCAGAUAACACCUGGAUGUUUAAGGAUUCCACAGAAGAGAAGAAAACUAUGCAACAGGAAGAUUCUGAUGAGGAGGACAAGACCCAGCGUACUGCCAGGUCAUCUUCUGUCCACGCACAGAGACUUCCCGUGUUCCCAGGGAUGGACCACUCUGCCCUCAAGGCCCAACUGCGGAAGAGACAAGAGUCUGAAAGUCCUGGUGAAGUGAGUUCUGCUCAGCUGUUCAGGUCCCCUAAAGGGACUCCUGGAAGCAAAGUGCUGCCCACCAGUGCAGAGAGGGAGGACAGGUCAGAAGAAAAGUCUCCUCAGUGGUUGAAGGAGCUGAAAUCCAAGAAGAGACAGAGCCAUUAUGAGAAUCAGGUUUGAAAAGAUCCUAACUAGAAGAAGAAAAGGAGUUUAACAGAAGCCUUAACUCAUCUGAACCUAAAAUUCACAUGUCAUGUUGCUGCUGUUUGCUUCCUGCCUCAACUGCUAUGUGCAUGGUGCCUUCCUGUUUUGUGGAGAAAGCUGCUUAAUAUUCAUAGUCAAAUACAAAGCUGCAUCUGUCCAGAGGUGGGAGGAGAGUCACUUCAGACCUGCCUGUAAGAGGAACCGGUGGCUUGUAGGUGGCACUUCAGAAGGUCACAGCAGAGCACCGUGGUUGCUGUGGGAGUGCCGUGCACGGGGAAGGUCCCUCGCUGCUCUCCGGGGAGCGCGCUUGCACGCGGGUGUUGAGCGGAUCCCCAGCAGGACUCUGGAUGUGUCAGGGGUGGGGCUGGGCUUUGUGUUUGCUUAUGAAAAUAACAAAUGAAAUCCAAUUUAUCUUCUUUUUUUUUUGGUGAAAACAAAUAGUGAGCUCCUGUUGAGAGUGAAGCUUGUGGAGGGGGAGAGCGAAGGAACAAACGCCGUUUACUGCCAUAUUGAAAAAGGAAACUUGAGUAUUUUUUUGUAAGAUGUAUUUUUGAUUGGCUUAUAUUUACACGGGAUCUGCUGACCCAGCAGGUGGAUAUAAUUUUUAGAUGAACAAAGGGUUAACUUUUGUCACUCUGGAAAUGGUAUAUUCUGUGUUUUGUCAGCACGUGGAGUAAUCGCUUCAUUGGAAUGUCUUUCCUAAAGAGGAUCAAGCAAUAAUGUCAACCAGUUCUCUUACAGAAACAAAUGUAAAUACUGUUUUUAUAACAAAAAAAAAAAGGAAGGGAAGAGGGGAGAAUGUUACACUCAUAUCAGGGUUCCAGUUAAUUGUUGAAUGUCACUUUAAUAGCAGUUUGGAUAGUCCCACUUCAUGUUUUUAUUUGUUAAUCUGUAAAUACCAGGUUUAAGGUUUUAUUUUUAUGCUGAUUUUUGUGGGAUAACCUCAAUGUGAUCUUCAGUUUCUCAGAUGACUUACUCUUCUUUUGGUAAGACCGAUGUCAUAAGGGUGGUGUAGCUGUCUCCUGCAUAACUCGGGUGUUGUGGAUGUCACUAACAGCUCAAGCGUGUUCCUACCUUUGAAUACAGAUUCUGAAAUCCCAACCACGAUGUCCAUUUAAGAUGUACUUUAUCCUUUCCCCCAAUAAGUGCUCUUUCCAGUAAACCUUGGCAAAUGUAGCCCAACGAGGGAGGUUGUUCUGUCCUGUCAGUAUUCCUCAGGGCUCGAGGUGGAGAAGCGACGGGAGCGCAGAGCCCUGAGGCUGCUCGGGCGCUGUGGCUGGGGCGGGAGCAGGAGCUGCUCCUCACCUUGCACUUCCAUGUCCUGCUGAUGGGCGUCUCGAGUUAUUAAAGAUAAAGCACCAGCACUUGAA